AUGGUGAUCGUCGGCUCUCCCGCGAAGCCCGGCGUUGUCUCCUUUCGCUUUGACCAAUGCGGCACGUCCGACGUGUGGGGGCCGAAAGUGGACGCGCUCGUGCUGUGGAGAAUGUUUGAGGAUUGCGCCGUGUGCAACGUGCUGCAGUUGUUCGCUUCCGAAGGCUGCGGGGGCGAACCGGUUUGGAACGUCACUGCCCCACCCUACGUACUUUAUCAAACCGUCAAGAUGCAGGGGGUUGCUUGUGAAGUCCUUCCGCUGCGUUGUCUCCAACACGUGCAGCUGGGUCACGUGCCCGGCAAACUCCAAGUGCGUGAGGGCGAAGGAUGGAUUCUUUGGGGUGGCGUGCGAGUGCGACAAGGGCUACCAAGUUGUAUACGCUGGUUGCCAGCCCAAGCUUCAGAACUCCCCCU